AGUCACCCGCCAUGAUUGUUGUGUUUUUAGAGGCUGGACUGAGUCUGUCCGUUGUGCAGUUUUUUUAGUAGACGGCCAGAAGAGGCAGUUUGUUUUAUAAGUGUUUUUUGUUUUAAAGGAAGAAAGCCAGAUACCUGAACAUGGAGUCUCGAUUUGCUCACCUGCGCCAGCGGGACACCAGUGUGUCCAUGCUGAGGGUCAAAAUGUCUCGCAGGAGGUCUCAGUCCCAGAAAGAGAACCGAGAACGGGCUGUGAACACGCGCAGGCAGCUAGACAAGCUCCCAGAGCUGGAAGUCUCUUCCCUGGAUGCCUCCAUCGCAGUGGCCAACAUGUCAACCAUUCAGGAGAGGCAACUGAACAGUAGAAAAGCUGCUCAAAACACCGCUCUAGAAGAGAGAAUGAAACAGCUCGAGCGCUGGAAAGAGCGUAAGGCUCUUGAGAAGGAGAAGGAAAAGAGAGAAAGGGAGCGUAAAGGGAUUUUUAAGACUGGCUUGUAUCAUCCAAAAGACACCCAUAUUGUUGUUUCUCAGCCUGUGGUCCCAGCUGCCUCGACCAGAGAUAAGGAGACAAAAGUGAAGAUCGCUCCAUCCCAGAGUACCAGAGUUACACGUUCAAUGAAGCAGCAGCAAGUGCAGAGGCCUCUGAAGAUGCAGGAGCCGAAUACUGCGACAAAGAAAGCUCAACCCGCUGUGGAAAGAUCAACCAGGAGCCACGCUGCUCCUGUCAAGCCUGCACCUGCACCAGCUAAGACCAAGACCAAAGUUUCUACAGAGGAGCCUGCCGUACGAGCUUUGUCGACCAGAUCAGCCAACAGGCCUCCUGUUACAGCAGCUCCUGUGGUGAAAGACAAACCUAAGGACAAGUCUGCAGAUGUAAGAACCACAAGAAGCAGAGCGUUUGUCAACGCUGUGCCCCCCCCCUCUGAUGAAGAAAGGAACUGUACAGCAUCUGUCACCAACCCUGUCAUCCCUGCUGUGCCCAAGGAGCCCGAAGAAAAACCUUGUUCCCCGAGUCCCACACCGUGCUCGGAGGGGCAGGAGGACAUGGUGGUGAACCAAGCUCCGGCUGACGCCGUCCCUGCUGUGGGUCCUGCUGAAGCGCCGUCCUCUUCGUCUUCGUUUGCUCCCAAGGAUUUCGUCUUCCAGGCUCCCACUGGCUUGUCAUCCUUCAGGUUCGAGCCUCUCACUCCUCGCUCAGCAGACGCCUUCCUUACACCAAGCUUCAUUCUUCCACCGGUCCCCACGUUCAACGUGGAGCCUCCGGCUGAGCCAAGUGAACCAUCUCCUCCCAAAUCCCCUCGCCGCUCUCCUCCUCGUACACCUCCCACAGUGGCCCCUCCAACCUCAGGCAGUCCCAUGGAAUCAAAGCACGAUGUACCAUAUUUCAGGUCAGAAAUUGCCAAUGAGACAGACAGACUGACGACUCUGUGUCUCCACUGGGAGCCUAAAGUGGAGGAUGAGUCCAUCCCAGAAGAGAUGAGGGACCGUAUGCGUACAGCAGUCGGCCAAGCGAGGCUGUUGAUGAAGGAGCGUUUUAACCAGUUCAGCGGUCUGGUGGACGACUGCGAGCUGGGCCGAGGGGAGAAGAUCACCACCUGCACUGACCUGCAGGGAUUCUGGGACAUGGUUUAUUUCCAGGUAGAGGAUGUCAACAAGAAGUUUGCUGCUCUGAAAGAAGCAGAGAGCCGAGGCUGGGUGGAGGAGCACAAGCCGCCGCCGCGACAGAAGAAAGUAGUGAAGAAACCAUCAGCUGCAGCCGCCAAGCCGACAGGAACCAAAGCAGCAGCAAAGUCUCGCCUCGCUGCAGCGAAAGCAGCCAUGAAAGCCAAACAGCAGGCAGCCGCGGCAGAGACACAACCCCAGGCUGAGCCCCAGCCGGCUGACUCUGUGGUCUUUGAUGGAGGCUUCUUCCAGGUGGAGAGUCCUGCCAAACCAACAGGUUCAUUAAGGAGAUCCAGUCGUCUGAGUGCUGCCAUGCUGCCUCAGGCCUCUCCCUGCUCAAACUACCUCUCACCUAGAAGAGUCACUCGGCGAUCGCUUGCACUGGCGCAGACUCCUGUUAACGCCGCCAGCUCUCCUGCUCAGCUCGUCCGCACUCCUGCCCAAAUCCAUCUUACCCUCAAGCAAACCCCAGCACAAGCACCAAAGUCUCAGCACGGCACUCCUCAGUCAUCCCAGAAGAGAAAGGACACUGGAAGCGUCUCUCUUUGUUUCCCACCUGUCAAGGAAGUGCGUGCAGAUGACACCCAGCCAGAGGGAAGUCCUGCACGCCAGGCAGAAACAGUUCUUGAGUUGAGCACACCCACACCGGUACCUUCAAUUCCAUCCAUUUCUGUAGCCGAGGAGCACAAUGAACCAGCGGAAGCUGUCAACAUGGACCUCCCCAUCUCUCCAAGACUUUCCCUCUCUCCCUGCAAAACACCUCUUCCAGCCUCCCGAGCCCCUGAGCCCUCAUCAAGUCUGAGUUUCACACUGUCACCCUGUGUAACUUCCGGCCAGCCUCCUGCUGUGCAGGGCCUUGUGGAGGCCCAAGAGUCUGUGUGUCACACACCAGACAACUCAGUUGUUGAGGAAAUUCCUGGUUUGGACUUCGAGCGAUAUCUCCAGCCUUCACAAAGAUGCAGCCUAUCACCGAGGGCAACGGUUGCCAUAGAGACGCUCUCACCCAUGGCAGUGGAUGUAGAAAUGGAGAGUCCCAGAAGUCAGUCUGAGGACCUGCCUACUCAGCAAGAAGCAGGCUCACUUCUCACUGCCACCACAGCACUGCCAGCGGUGUCUUCAGUGUUGGCUCCUCAGUCACCACAGGCUCAGGCAGCCGAGUCGGCCCUGCUUCUCUUCACCCCGGACCUGAAGGACCGGAUACGGCAGUCUGUCUGUCCAAGUGACCUCAUGGUCUUCACUCCUCCCCUCUAAUGUGCAGCAGAUUCUUUUAAUUUUUUUUUAUUGACCUAUAUUUACUACUUGUUAUACUCCCUUUGGAAAAAAAAGUAUCUGAGUAAUUCUGGUUUGUAUUUUUUCUUUUAGAUAUAAUGGAAAAUAGUUUCAUCUUAUAAGAUGGUCUAAUUAAAGUACUAGUCACAACAA